GGUGUGUGUCGGCGCUGCUGGGCUGCAGGUUCUUGCGGUUCUGCUUGUGUUCUCAGCAGAAUAUGGGCUGACUCGAGCCGAGACUCCGGCGAUGGUCCGGAGAGUGACCCAUCCUCCCCUGCGGCGCUCGUUAUCCGGCUCCGCUCUGCUCCCAUGUGUGUUCACCCUGCCAGCCACCCUGCUCCCGGGAUACGGCCCCUUCAUCCGCUGGAGCCGCGGCUCCGGAGCACAGGAGAGGACGGUGCUGUCGGCCCGGGACGGGGUGGUCAAGGUGCACCAGGCGUAUGCGGGUCGGGUCAGUCUGCCCGGAUACUCGGUCGACCCGCUCAAUGCCUCGCUGUCACUUUCCCAGCUCCGCUCCAACGACUCCGGGAGCUUCCGGUGCCACGUCGCUCUGGGAGAAAAUUAUGAGCAGGAUACGAUCAACCUGGAGGUCACAGGUGUGGUGUUUCACUACCGUUCUCCCGAGGAGCGUUAUUCGCUGUCGUUCGCCGAGGCCGUUCGCGCGUGUGAGGAGAACUCGGCUGAGGUCGCGACCCCUGAGCAGCUGUGGGCGGCGUUUCACUCCGGCAUGAACAGCUGUGCGGCCGGAUGGCUCAGAGACCAGAGCGUCAGGUAUCCUAUACAGAGACCCGAGCUCGGCUGCUAUGGACACGCAGAGUUUUCUCCUGGAGUGAGGAAUUAUGGGAAACGGGACCCUUCGGAACUGUUUGAUGUUUACUGUUUCGCCAAUGACAUGCAAGGUGAAGUGUUUCCCGCUGGUGUUCCUGACAGACUGACUCGUCCGGAGGCCGUGGCUCACUGUGCGGCUCUGGGCGGCCGGCUAGCGACCGUGGGUCAGCUCUAUCUGGCCUGGAGCUCUGGGCUGGAGCACUGCGAGCCGGCCUGGCUGUCUGACGGCAGCGUGAGGUUUUCCAUCAGCUCGCUGCGCUCGGACUGUCCCGCUGGAGGACCUGGCAUCCGAACCGUUUCACCGGCAGAACUGAAUAACGGGACAGGGCACUUCGAUGCUUUCUGCUAUAGAGAAAAGAAAGCGCAGGAGACUCUCACAGGCAUCGUGAAGUCCUUACUGAGACCGUGGAGGUACUUGACCAGAGAUGACAGUUCAGAGGACGCGUCCGAAUCGUUUUCCUCCAGCAGCGACGCACAGGCUGCCGGCCAGCCGGACCUGCCUGACCUUCGACCUGCUAACUGGACCGGACAGGUGGAUCUGGACAAAGAGCCACUGAUGGCUGCUGAGGGCGCCGAGCUCUCGGCUGAGUAUCUGACAGUCCAUCUGCGAGCCGGAGACACGUCUCUGGACUGGAGCAGCCAGCUGGACUCCUUCCCAGACAGCCGACAGGUGCUUCCGGAUCUGAGUCCUGGCGGCUCGGCCCGAGAGGAAGAGGACGAGGACGAAGGUCUUUCCGGUCAAUCCGUGAGUCCUGCGGCUCCUUCAGAGGCUCCUCAAGAAAAGGCCAAGGGUUCCCUCACCAACAUUGUCAGCUCGUUAUGGAAACCCUGGAGCUACUUGACUGGAAGUGAAGCGGAGGCGAAGACCAAGAGCACACCUGCGACGGAGACGCACGCAACAGACGGCAGACCCACUGCUACGCCCGGAUCAGGACUGAUGUCAUGGUGGAGCCACUCGUGGCUGCCCAGUCCUUCAACCGUCACUGAUAAAUUAAUCAUCUCCUUUCCGCCCACGAGUUCAGUCGUACCGACGACAGUCCCACCAAACGCCACAACAGACGGACCAAGAGACAUUCAGACCAGUCGACCCGCACAGGACGGUCCGGCGACGGCGGCCAAUUGGAUCGUAGUGACCGAAAUACCCGAGCAGAAAACCCAAACCCCUGAACCCAAAGUCUCCGUCUCGACCGAGAACUUCUCCGGAGAGAGUCGAGUGCUGGAGACGGAGGGCAGCUCAUGGGGCGACACGUACCCAUCAUCCCAAACACCGCUGAUGGUGGAGACGAUGAGCACAGGUUCCUUCUCCACUUCCGCACACGAACUCGAGGCUCGCGGAGAAAUCCAGUACAGACGCAGAAACAAACCCAAGAGACUCAACCAGAGCACCACUGAGACGACCAUGAGUGGCGCCCAGAGCAUAACGACUUCCUCCGCUGCGAUGUCCAGCACUGGAGACACUGUGACGACCCUCUCGACGUCUGCAGACCAGACUCAGACAUCAAGCUUCGUCACGACGGUCCCCAGCGGUGGAGAGCAGGAUCUGAGCAGCGCCGAGGUCGUAUGGAAGAACAGCUCCGCUGGAGAAGAAGCGGACGACAGAUGCAGCUGUCUGCACGGAGGGACGUGUCUUCCUCAUGGAGAGGGUUUCCGCUGCUUCUGUCCGCAGGGUUACGCAGGAGAGAGCUGCGAAAUCGAUGUUGAUGACUGUCAGUCGAACCCCUGUGAAAACGGCGGCACCUGUAUCGAUAAAGAGGACUCGUUUGUGUGCCUCUGUUUGCCGAGUUACAGCGGAGACCGAUGUGAGAGAGUGAUGUGUGGCACUCCGCCUGCCGUCGAUAACGCGUCUCUAGUGGGCCGCAGACGCUCACACUACGACAUCCAUGCAGUGGUUCGGUACCAGUGCGCCGACGGCUUCUUCCAGGGACACAUCCCGACUGUCCGCUGCCGACCCACCGGGACCUGGGAAAGACCCAAGAUCAUCUGCACUAAAUGUGAGUCUCAAAAUACUGAUCUGCUUUUUGAUAAGCACCGCGAUCUCACCGUUACCGUCGGCAACACCACAGAUCUCGGCGCGAGCAUCGACGACACCGGAGACACGGAUCGGGGCACAGGGGGCGGGAUUAAGCUACGGGGGGCGGGGCUAAAAGCAGGGGUCGUGACCUCUGUUCCUGUGUUUCCAUGUCAGAGGAAACGCAGCAGACGGAAAGGACAGAAAUAA